AUGAGUACCAUUCUCUCCUUCCUCACAGCCAUUGUUUUUGUGGCUAAAUCAUUUCAAAACUACAUGAUUCAAAGGCUGCAUAAACUCUAUGAUCAUUAUAGUUAUGCUGCAACAGUGAAGGAUAAUGAAGAGGGUGAAAGCGAUUAUUGUUCAGUGUGUCUAUGCCAAAUUUAUAAAGGGGAAAAGGUUCGGUCUCUUCCAGUAUGCAAACACAGAUAUCAUGCUGAUUGCAUUGGUGCUUGGUUGAAGAACCACCCCACGUGCCCUCUUUGUAGGAACAAAAUCACUGACCAUAUUCCUCAUAAUCAACUUAAACAGGUGAAAAACUUGAGAGAAUCUAUGAUUAAUCUCGUGCAGAGUUUGUCUGAUCUAUUGGUAACUCUUUUCUACUUGACACUUCCAUCUAGCACCACUGAGAGUUUUCCCUUGAUUCGUUGA